AUGGAGCUUCCGGCGCUCCUGCGGAGCUCCCAGAGCAGUCGCAGCAGCAGACUGUGCAGCUGCACGCCGUGGCAGCGAGAUCGGCAGCGAGGGGCUGCUGGGCAAAGACUCCCGGUCGCCUCGGCGGCGCUCACCUUGCUCCGUCGCUGCCGGUACUCCGGAGUACCGGCCCGCCGGGCCCGACGGGCCGACCGCGUCGCGGUCCGCUGCGCAGAGGGAUCCACGAGCUGCGGAGAUGAGUUCAGCGAGCUGAUCGAGAGCUUGCAGGGAUGCUGGGAGGAUGAUGUGGGCUUGAGCAUCCAAGUGAAGGGCAAUGAAGUCGACUUCGGCGACGGGACCGGCCGCUGGCGUCUCAGCGCCUCCGUCGACCCGGUACCGGGCGCGCUGGAGCUGCGGGGCACGCGCUGGGUGGGGCAGAAGGGGAGCCCAGAGUGGCAGUUCCCCAACGGCGUGAGGCGUUCAUGGACCAGGCCCGAAAGCAUCUCGCCGGAGCAAGAAAGGUGGAAGGAGCUCUUCCUCGACUACAAAAGCCAACGGCAGCAACUGCGCCGCCAGCUCUGGUCCGCCGAGGUCGCUGGGGAGUCGGAGCGCGCGGCGGCGCUGCAAGCGCUCUGGGACACCGGCCAGGUCCAGAGCGAGGAGGGCCUGCCGGAAGAGCUGGAGCAGCAAGCACGCUUGCUGGCCGGUCGACAUCUCGUGCCGGGCACAUGCUUUGUCCACCGUCGCUAUGGGUAUCGAGGAGUGGUCCUCUGCUGUGAGCCCUGGUGCACAGCCGCCAAAGCCUGGAAGCGGAUGAUGGGCGUGGCCAAGCUUCCGCGCGGCGAGCUGCAGCCCUUCUACCACUGCUUGGUGGAUGAGAGGGACCGUCCUGGUGGGCAGGUGACCUUUGUGGGAGAGGAGAAUGUGGGGCCAGAUGCCUUGGCAUUCCCCUUGGAGCAUCCCUUGGUGAAGCUGCUGUUGAUUAGGUGCGAGGAGCUGAACUCUUAUUUGCCCUCACCAGCCCUGGAGACCGCCCUGUCGGCGCAACGCAAGGGCGAUCCCUUUCGCUUGAGCUUGGAAGACUAG